AUGAUGGGGCACUAUUCCUCCCACUGACACCAAUGAUGGGGCACUAUUCCUCCCACUGACACCAAUGAUGGGGCACUAUUCCUCCCACUGUGACACCAAUGAUGGGGCACUAUUCCUCCCACUGACACCAAUGAUGGGACACUAUUCCUCCCACAUUGACACCAAUGAUGGGGCACUAUUCCUCCCACUGACACCAAUGAUGAAACACUAUUCCUCCCACUGACACCAAUGAUGGGGCACUAUUCCUCCCACUGAUACCAAUGAUGGGACACUAUUCCUCCCACU